AUGGCUGCUCCCAUACUGGCGCCUUCGGGAUAUAGACAGUCAACGUGGCUCGUGGGGCUUGCGGCGCUUGCUGCGGUAAUUACAUUGUGGGUGAUUUCCAGCUUUCUUAUCAAUGAGAUCUUUGAAUCCGAGAUCUAUGCCAAACCGUUCUUCAUUACAUAUAUCAACACAUCGAUUUUCAUCUUUUAUCUAAUGCCAUUUGUGUUUACAUACUUAAGGUGCCGGGUCAAUGGCUCCAAAGUAGACAUGUAUGAUAUCUUAAAAAAUGAGCUCAAUGCCAAUUCCCAGGCCGAGUCUUCUUUAUCAUCAUUGCAAAGAACCGGAUCUAGGAAAUCAAGAACCGUGGUAGAUUUGGAAUCGCAAAUCGAAACCACCGAGUUGAUAUCCAACAACAAUGAUAGUUCCUCCGAUAAUGGCUCGUUUAACAUUGAUAAUAAUCACCCGAUCAUCAUCGAUAAUGACCCACUUAGUUUACAAGAAACCAUCAAAUUAAGUUUCCAAUUCUGUUUAUUAUGGUAUGCCGCCAAUCUUGUUACCAAUGCCAGUCUCCGAUAUACCAGCGUAUCUUCACAGACCAUCUUAUCCUCGACAUCGUCGUUUUUCACCCUUUUUUUCGGCGUGGUGUUCCGGAUCGAUACCAUCAACAAAAUUAAACUCAUCUCACUUAUUUUUUCAUUCGUUGGUAUAGUAAUCAUCACCAGAAUCGACUCGCACCUGAGUCCCCAUAAAGUUAGUUUGAAAGAUGACAAUUACGGGUUUGCGAUGUUUUUGGGUAACCUCCUUGCAUUGGCCGGAGCCUGUUUUUACGGAGCCUACACUGUGCUUCUCAAACUUAAAGUCCGCUCACAAGAUCGUCUAAAUACCAAAUUAUUCUUUGGGUUUGUGGGGAUCUUCAACAUUGUAUUAUUGUGGCCCACUCUUUUUGUAUGGCAUUUCACGGGGAUCGAAUCGUUCGAGCUUCCAAGUUCGAGCUUUGUUUGGAAAAUUAUCCUCAUCAAUUGUCUCAUAACAUUUAUCAGUGAUUAUUGUUGGGCGAUCGCCGUGUUACUUACCAGCCCAUUAACCGUGACGGUUGGACUUAGUUUGACGAUUCCUUUGGCAUUACUAGGGGACGCAGUAUACAAGGGGAAAACUAUUUCCAUUGGGUAUUUAUUAGGGGCGGCAAUCAUUAGCGUAUCCUUCUUUAUGAUUAAUAAAGAUCAAGAAGAUGUGGUUGAGGAAGAUGGUAUACAGUAA